AUGAGUUCCGAGGUCCCUGAUGCUAUUCACAAGAAACUCAUGCAGGAAGAAGAAUGGCUGAAGAAUUUCAAAGCCAGCACAGCUAAAAGUAAACAACUUCGGGAAUCUAUCGAGGCGAUUACGGAUCGAUUUCAAGCAAGACUUGUUUCACUUCAAGAAAAUGUUCUACCAAUGCACGAGGUCAAUGGAAGGCUACAGGUUAAACAGAAAAAUAUCCAACGGUUAAUCAAAACAAUCGAUACAACAAUACAGUUCUAUGGCCGCACAAGUGAGCUGGAGAGUUCAAUAAGGGAUGGGAAUCCUGGCCAUGAUCUGGAAACGUACUUGGAAAAUAUGGAAUGUCUCCAACAGGCUAUUCAAUUCUUCGAAUCUCAUCCUAAUUAUCAGAAUCAGACUGAAAACAUGAAGUUAACCCUGGAGACUGGCUUCUCGGUACUGGAAACGGAAUACCGUUCAGUUGUACAGAAAAACACCAUUCAAGCCGAUCCUAUGGUACUGAUUGAGAGCCUUGAUGAACAAUACGAACUUAUGGGGUCACGAGCCAAAGACAUCAAGACCGUUCGCGAUUUGACCGCGUUGACUCGUCUUGGCGUUUGGCUUCUUGAACGAGAACGGACGCGAUUUCUCACCCAUUACGCGAAGAUUAGGGGAGAUAAUAUGAUGCGUACGAUCAGUGCAGUAACACAACAUCAUGCUGCUUUGUAUUCCCAUAUGCCUUCACGUUCUGGUGCCAUCAAAAGUGUACUCAAGAAGGCAGCUGGUCGUGCAGAUCGCCGUUUUGGUGACGUGGAUGGAGGUGAGUCGGAAGGAGCAUUGCUGAUGGCUGGAUGUCUUCUCGCACUAUUGGAGGUUGAAGAGGCGAUAAUGGUGAAGACGAUACCUGACACUACACGACGUGCUCAGGUGAGGUCUAAUGCAAUAAACUUUAUGCAGGUCUUUCGUGAACUAGUCGCCAAUCCGCUCAGUUUCGUCGUGCGACACAUCCAACGAGUGGUCCAAGAUAGCGACAAAGGAGUUCUUCCUCUUCUUCCUCUUCUCAGAUUUCUCUCCGCUCAUCAAACUCGCCUUCAGAACCUAGCAACGAACAGCAUGGCCGAUGUUCCCUUCGAAGCCCUGAUGCGACUGCUCCGAGUAAAAUCCUCAUCGUACAUUAAUGAAUUUGUUGAGAAGCUAAAGAACGACAAUAGCAAACUGCCUGUGGAUGGUAACGUCCAUCCAAUUACUGUCACUACAAUCAAUUUCCUUGCAACACUGACAGUUCAUCGGCAUACUGUAACUCAGCAGCUGCUUCUUAUGACAGCUCCUCAGGGAACAAAUUCAGCCCUUCUACUGCCGAAACUUUUCGCAAGAAUUCUAUCGGCUCUAGGAAUGACAUUGAAAAAGAAAAGUGAAAGCUACGACGAUCCCGCUCUGUCGAGUCUGUUUCUUCUGAACAACUAUAACUACAUAGCAAAGGCCUUGGAGGAUGACGAGGAUGGGCUGUUGCCGGUAAUAAACGAGCAGAAUACGCAGAUUUUGUCGUUUUACCACUCAGAAAUUGAACAGUGCGUCAAUCAGUACAUGCGCAGGUAUAGUGCUACUCAUUACUACAUUACCACUGAUUUCCUUACUCGACUUCGAGCUAUCGUUUGUGAUCAUGUAAAGAACGCCAUCAUGUCCCUAUACAGGCCACUGAUGCAAAGGGUAGAAAUAUGUGGAGAACAAUUUGUCACUCGGCAACUGAAGUAUACAAGAGAAUCAUUAGAAUCAAAUAUUGAUCGGCUAUUUGAUGCUUCUGGUUGA